AUGGCAGGGCCCCCUAAAAGUAUCUUCGCGAGGCCCGAAGAGGGAUUCGAUCCCAAUGACAGGUCCGUUAUCGACCGAUACAAUGCACAAAUGGCGUCGCUUGAACAUCCGCUACACCGGCAUGGACAACGAGCAGAUCCAAUUGAGGAGCGUGUCAAAAAUGCGCUGGAGCAGUAUGAGCGUGUUGUCGGGCGGCCAGCUACCGACAAGGAACGGCAACGCAUCGAGGAAACCCACUUUAAGCUUAGCGGCUGGCUGGAAGGACUCAAGAUUGAUAUGGCUGGGAAGACUGAGGUUCCUGUGGCGGCUUUCAACCGCCUUGUUGCAGAGCAUGAGGAUACUAUCCAGUGGGUAGCUCGCGAUCGGGUGAACCACGAUGCCCAGAUGACCGAGAAGUUGCUUCGGCGCGACGACAGGAUCACUGAGCUGGAGAAACAGCUGGCUACCGCUCAGAGCACUCCAGUCGAACUACAAGAUCUGCAACGUCAGCUUCAGGAAAGCCAGAAAAAGCUGGAUGAAAUCACGAAGGAGCGACAAGAUCUGGAAACCAAGGUCAAGGAGGAGGAAAUGAAGCUAGGGGCCGGUCAUGGGUCUGACGAUCAGCUUCAGAGCAGAAGAGAGGAACUAAAAGCAACUAUAAAGAAGUUGACGGAGUACGAUAUCGAAGUCAAGGCCAAGAGCGAUGAGCUGCAGGAAGCGCGGACCAAACUAGAUGGAGAUUCGUCGGGCAAGAGCGACGAGACUGAGCACUGGAAGGAGAUGUUAACUGAUGCCAACAAGGAACUCGCAACAUUAAGGGCGGCAGAGAGUCAGAGAAAAGAGGACAUUUCCAGUCUUCAGAAUGAGCUCGAGGCACAAAAGGCGGAACUACUCGACGCGACAAACAAGCUCACCGAGCUCGAGAAGUCUGACUCAGACACCAUCACUGAGUCAGAAAUCAGUUCUUUAAAAGCGCUGCUCAAGGACAAGGAUGAUCAACUAGCAGCAGCGGAAACGCAAAUCGACGAGCUGAAGAGAGACCCCCCGGGACAAGACACGGUUGAUUUGCAGGAGAGUCUCCAGGAGACACAGGAAGAACUAGUAGCAGGUGAGGCUUUAGUCAAGGAGCUCGAAGAUCAGCUUCGCGAGGUGAUGUCCGAGAAUGAAGCUCUCGAAGAACGCGUUAAGAAAAUUGAGGAAACCAAAACAUCGACACAGGCCACAAAAGACACGGAGAUCAACAAACUUAAGAAGCAGGUCCAGGAACUCGAGUCACAGAAAAAGGAGCUUGAGAAGGGCUCAGAGGAGCAGAUGCGCUCGAAUGCCCGUCUCGCAGCUGAACAUCAAUCCAAAUGCCAUGAGCUAGAGAUGGUCCAGAGUGAAAAGGAUGAAGACGGUCAGAUGGCAAACGAGACGCUCAUCAGGUACAAAGAGGAACAAAUCACCCAACGACAGAAGAUCAGCGACCUCGAGGACAAGUUGCGUGCGUGCAAAGAAAACCAGAGAGACGCAGGUGGGAAAGCGGGACGCAAGCCAGGACUAGAGCAGACGGCAAAGUUGCUCUUCGAGACAUACGAUGAGAUGCUAACCAGUGGGGUCAUUGACCCUGAAGCAUACCAGACUUUAGCACAGCGAGACAUGGGCAAGGAGUAUCGGGACGACGACGGCGGGCCUCUCUUCACAAGGGACGACCUAUUCUUCAUCCAGCGGCAGUUGGAGAAGAAAUGGGCGCGGCUACGGGCCGAGAUGAACAAGCGAGCUGAGUCUAAACCAAAAAUCGACGUCUUGGAGGACUCACUCCGAGACGCCAAACAGGAGCUCUACAGGGUCAUGGGGGAGCUGGACGACCGCCGCAGGCACGAGCCCCAGGAGCCUGAAGAUGUCGAGCGCCAUCGCCAGAGGGUGGUCGAGAUGGCGAACCGUGGAAUCGCUUCUGCCGAGCUAAUCAACGAGCGUCUUGCUAGGGCAUUGAUUAUGCAGGUCGAAGGCUAG